AUGAUCACGAGAGACGAGCAGGGAACUCCAGGCUUCCUCGAAGGAGUGAACUGCUCGAUCGUUGCCUUCGGCAACUCCAUGAGCGGGAAGUCUUACACCAUCGAAGGGUCUGGACCAGCUUCGAGGGAUGGCGUUAUCCCGUGCCUGAUCAACGGAGUGUUCGAGGGGAUCAGGAGCAAGGCAGAGGAGUUCGGAGCAGGGAAGCAAACUCUCCGCAAGAAGUCGCAGAAGUGGCGGUUCAAGCUGAGCGUGCAGUACAUAGAAAUCGUGGAUGAGAAGAUCAACGACCUGCUGAACCCUCAGAAGAUGGAGCUGGAGAUCAACGAGUUUGGGAUCAACGACGGCCUGGGGAUCAGGAACUUGACGCGGAAGUGGGUGGACUCGGAAGAUGAGCUCUACCAUCACUUUCGCGUUGGUCAGUCGUCCCGCACAACCCUGAGGAAUGAGUUUGGAAACCUGAGCGAGCGAUCCUCCAGCAUCUUCAGCCUGGAGCUCCACCAGGUGGUGACUCACUCGGCCAUCGGGCUGCUGAAGCCGGUGGAGGAGCACCUCUUCUCCCGCUUCCUCGUCAUCGACCUGCCUGGAGCUGAGAAACUCGCUGAAGACGCGACGACCCUCCGCAUUCGCGAGGGCCCUACACUCAAUCAGAGUAUCACAUCCUUUGGUCAAGUUGUGAAGGCGCUGGCUCAGGCGCAUGACGUGCAGGAUAUGGAGUUCAUCGACUUUGGGCAAUCAAAACUGACUGCCCUCCUCCCCGACGUACUUGGAGGAAGCAGUCGCACCCUCAUCUUCACUACCAUCCCCCCAGCUGAUUAUCGUGCAAACUCGUUUGUUCUCCAGUUUUCGCAGCUCUUCGGCAAAAUUCGCAACUUCCCUGUUGUCAAUGACGGCAAACAGAUUGCGCUGCUACGGAAGUACAACAAUCAGAUGCAUCUUCUCCGCCAGCAGCUUGCUGCCGCCGGCUUUGGAGGGCUCGACGUUGACGAUCGACUGACGAAUCAUCUGCUGGAGAUCCACAAGCUGGAGAAGAAGAUCAUCGAAGAUGAGAAGGCGAGACUCGCGUUGAUCGAGGAGCGCGAGCAGCUGCGAGAGAAAUUGGCGCAAGUCAACGCGAGGGUGAACCAGCUGCUGUCCGAGAAGAGCCAGCUACAGCAGGAGCGCAUCCAGAGCGAAGAGGAGAAACUCAAGGUCUCGAAAGUUCUGGUGGACCUGCAGAUCGAAAACACAAACUUAAUGGAGCAGGCGGUGGACACCGAGUUCCAGCUGCAGAACCGCAUCUUGCAGCUUGAGAACAACAUCGUGGAACUGGAGAUGAAGGGGCAGACGAAGCAGAAGGAGAUCGAACGGCUACAGUCCCAGCACCGCGACGACACAAUGCUGGUGAAAGAUUGCCAGGAUGAGAUCGCAGCAGUGCGAUCCAACUACAGCUCAGUGCUCAACGACCUGGACGCGGAGAAGGCGAGGUCGGAGGAGCUGAGCCUGGAGCUGCUGAACCUCGUCAACACCAAGAACGCGCUGAUGAGAGAGCGCGAGCAGCUGCAGGCGCAGCGGGAGAACAUUCUGAAGAUGAACUCAGAGCUAGAGGGAAGGAUGGCAGAGAGUCAGACGGAGUUGAAGGAGAACGCGGAACUGAUCCGACAGCUGCAGCGUGAGGUGGAGGAUCUCAAGACUGAGAAGGAGCGGGCGAGGCUGGAGUUCGAAGCGAUGAGGGUUCAGUUCCAAGAGCAGAAGCUGGUGGCCGACAGGACGUACGCCACCUACGAACAGAACAAGGGAGAAGAACUCUUGAGCCUGAAGCAGGAGCUGGUGGACCGGGGAGAAGAGCACAAGCGAGUGAUGAAGAAGCUGGAGGAGGAGAUGGCGACAGUACAGGCGCAGUUCAAGCAAGCGUCUCGUCGAGCAGCAGAGAUGGAGAACGAGCUGAACGAGAAGGCGAUGGUAGAGGCGCAGCUACAGUCUGAGACUCAAGAACUGAGGCAGAGGAUGACGCAGCUGUCGGAGAGCUACCGUGAGAAGCUGCACAAGUACAUCAGCGACGAGACCAGCAUCAUCACGGCUGAGCUCCGAGCCUCUGUGGACGCCAUGUUCCAGGAGCUCGUGCAGACUUACGGAGCCCGCGAAGAUCACUUGCAGGAGGAGCUGCGGAAGUCUCGGGAGCAGGGCAUGUCGUACGCGAGGAGGAGCAGGAAGUUGUACCAGGCCUACCGCUCCCUGCGCUACCAGCUCGAGGACCUUGCGCCCAAGGGAGUUCGGCCGGACCUCCUGGACGACGCGGCGCUGCUGGUGGACGGGGAGGGGAGCGAGGUGGAGAAGCAGCAGCAGCAGCUGAUCGAGGAGCUGCGGGACAAGCUGUCGGAGGCGGAGGCUCAGAGCGUGGCUAAGUCAGAAAAGGCGCUGCAGGAGGCCGAGCGAUACACCGCACAAGCCGCGCAAGUGCAGGCGAAGCUG